GGGGUCAAAAGAAAGAGUGAAAAAACAGAAUUAUAAAAACAAAUUUCAGGAGAAGAAGAAAACAGUUGAGAAACAUGGGGAAACGAAACCGGGAGAAAAUGUCUGGAAAAGAAAUGGAAGAAGAUAUGUCAGCGGAUAAUGGAAGCCAUUAUAGUCUUUCUUCAGGGAUUUUACCUGCUCUCGGUGCUAGGACAAAUCGUACACUCAAGCUUCGUAGAUUCAUUAUAUCUCCCUAUGAUCCUUAUUAUAGAAUUUGGCAAUAUUUUCUCAUUCUUCUGGUUGCAUACACUGCAUGGGUAUCUCCGUUCGAAAUUGGGUUUCUUGUCGAACCCACUGCAGGACUGGCAAUUGCAGAUAAUAUUGUUAAUGGUUUAUUUGCUAUUGACAUUAUCCUCACUUUCUUUGUUGCCUACCUCGACAGAAGAUCUUACGUAUUCAUUGACAAUCAUAAGAAAAUUGCUUUGAGAUAUACAAAAACUUGGUUGUUAUUUGAUGUCGUAGCUACGAUCCCAUCUGAACUUGCUCGGAAGGUGGCAGGCCAGGAUUAUGGAUUUAUCACCAUGCUUCGUCUCUGGCGUCUACGUAGAGUUAGUUCUAUGUUUGCUAGAUUGGAGAAAGAUAGGAACAUCAACUACUUUUGGGUCAGGUGUGCAAAGCUUAUCUGUGUGACACUGAUCUCUGUCCACUUUGCGGCGUGUAUCAUUUAUUAUCUCGCUGCCCGUAACAGCAACCCUGAAAAAACAUGGCUUAGUGCAUUAUUUGGUGACUUUCAUGAAGUAAGUCUGGGGAUUCGGUAUAUCACAGCAGUUUAUUGGUCCGUCACCACUCUUUCAACUGUUGGGUAUGGUGAUGUGCAUCCCGUGUCUACACCAGAAAUGAUAUUUGACGUUUUUUACAUGCUCUUCAACCUCGGCUUGACAUCAUAUCUGAUCGGAAAUAUGACCACUUUGGUUGUCCGGGAGACUAGUCGCACUAGAAAAUUUAGGGAUGUAAUUCAAGCUGCCUCGAGUUUUGCAAAUAGGAACCAUCUCCCGGAACGCUUACAAGAUCAGAUGCUUUCUCAUUUAUGUUUGAAGUUCAGAACUGACUUGGAAGGAUUGCAACAGCAAGAGACUUUUGAGGCUCUCCCUAAAGCCCUUCGUUCAAACAUUUCACACUUUCUCUUUUAUAAUCUUGUUGAUACUGUAUACUUGUUCCGCGGGGUAUCAAAUGACCUUCUUUUCCAGCUGGUCUCGGAGAUGAAACCAGAGUAUUUCCCUCCAAAAGAAGAUGUUAUUUUGCAGAACGAAGCGCCCACAGACUUCUAUAUAGUGGUUACAGGCGCCGUGGAACUAAUUGUGCGUAGGAACGGAAUGGAGCAGGUUAUGGGAGAAUUGAAGACGGGAGACAUUUUUGGUGAGAUUGGGGUACUUUGUUACAAACCACAGCUUUUCCAAGUGCGCACUAAAAAAUUGAGUCAGUUGCUGCGGCUAAACCGUUCUACACUGUUGAGCAUUGUCCGGGCAAAUGUUGGUGAUGGGACCAUAAUCAUGAACAAUCUCCUACAGCACUUGAAAGAGAUGAACGACCCGGUGAUGCAAGGAAUUUUGGCAGAGACAGAGAACAGACUAGCUCAUGGUAAAUUGGACCUACCACUAUCUCUGUGUUUUGCAACCCUUAGAGGAGACGAAUAUCUGUUGCACCAAUUACUAAGAAAGGGAGAUGAUCCAAAUGAAUCUGACAACAGUGGCCGCACAGCUCUGCAUAUAGCGGCAGCAAAAGGAAAUGAGAAAUGUGUUUUUCUUUUACUAAAUUAUGGAGCAGAUCCAAAUAGUAGAGACUCAGAAGGAAAUGUUCCUCUUUGGGAAGCGAUAAUUGGGAAACAUGAAUCAAUAGUUAAAUUGUUGACAGACAAUGGUGGAAACCUAUUCUCUGGAGACAUGGGUCAAUUUGCAUGCACUGCUGUCGAACAAAAUAGUAUAUAUUUACUUAAGAAAAUUGUAGAAUACGGGGGAGAUUUGAAACUCCCAAAGAGCAACGGAACAACAGCACUUCACGUUGCGGUUUCCGAAGGAAACAUCGAGGUAGUAAAGUUUUUGUUGGAACAAGGAUGUGAUAUUGAUAUAGCUGAUAGCCAUGGAUGGACUCCUAAAAACUUAGCUGAUCAACAAGGUCAUAAUGAGAUUAAGUUGCUCUUUCAAUCCAAGCAAGAAACAAAACAUCAACCCAUUGGUCAAGCAACAGAUGUUAACAGCAUAACAAGGUAUGGGAGCGAACCUGCAAUGACACAUCCAGUACCACCAAACAAAGGAGGGAAAACUCCUUCAAUGGACGUUUUGUGGAGAGGAAACCACCAAUGCAGAGAUUUUAAUAACUCGCUAUUUGGAGUCAUGUCCGCUGCUGCCAAUACAAAUGAGAGAACCAGAAGUGGAAAAUAUUCAUCCGAACAUCUUCGGAUGCCAGGUCGUAAAUUGCACGAGCUCUAUCCUGCUCAAGUGACUAUUAGUUGCCCGGAGGCUGUUGGAACAGUAGAUCAACUUGUUCGCUUGCCGAAGUCUUUGGAAGAGCUUAUUGGAAUUGGUGCUACAAAAUUUGGGAUCUCAAUCAGUAGAGUUUUAACUGUAGAUAAAGCUGAAAUUGAUGACAUAGGAGUAAUUAGAGACGGUGAUCAUCUUAUCCUUGUUACUGAUAUCUGGAAUGCUGGAUCAGAUGCAUAGAUAUUGGGCUCGACGACAUGGGUGGAAAAUCUUUAUUUUUUGUGUACAAAUAUAUCUAUGAGGGAGAUGCAGAAAUAUUGCUACGUGAUCCAAAAUUUUGUCCUCUGAAUCUAAGUUUCUUCCCAUCUUAUGGGUGGACUGGAAUGUAUCAUGUAACGGAGCCAUGAAUUUUUAUUUGGGGAACAAUAAUGCAUAACGGAAGAUGGUACCAUUGUAUAAAAUAGUUGGUGUGCAUAAUCCUUGGACGAAAUGUAGAUGCCAAUUAAAGAUUCGAGAUUUAUCUCGACAAAACUAUGAUUUUUUUUUUAUCAA